AAAAAAAAAAAUGUCUUUGUGUGUCAUUAAAUUUCUGUACAUAAAAAUUUGAAAAAUGCAAGACAACGAAGCGAGAUUGAAAGAUUUGGAAGACGCGAAGAUCGCCCUCAUCAACGAAAAUUUUCUUUUCAAUUACGAAUUAGUUAUGCAGCUUCAAGAAUUUUUAGUACCAAGGGAAAAAGAAUUAAUUCGAAUUUGGUGCGAGAAACUUUUCAAUCAUGACGAAAACCUGAAUCAAAUAAAUUUACGUAAGCAUUAUAUGACGUACAUUUUUCUUAUGCUUCAAAAAGGAGGCAUUUCGGAACCUUUCACGCGAUUACCACCCAGCGAACUACCGAUCUUGAGCCAAAUUGUGCCCAGGGAAAUUUAUUUAGAAGUCGUCGCGGGAAACGAACAUCUUGAACUUCAAUAAAUUAAUGCAAUGAAGAAGAGAAAAAUACAUUUAAAAUAAUUGUUUGUCAAUCGCUAUAUCAAAAUUAACUUUGAUUAAAGUAAUUAUAGGUAUACAUAUUUGAAUUUAUAUACAAAAAUUUCUUUAUACAUUAUUAUCCGCAUAAAAUUUGUCGAGUAGUUUAUUGAAAAUUCACAGUGCUUCGAUAGGUACCUGAAGAAUUUACAACCUUUUUUUUUGUACUUAUAUGAAAAAUAAUUCCUUUGAAAAACGAAAUUGUUCAGUCGUACUGUGAGUGUCUCCAAAUUAACUUUAUUUCCAGAAAAUGCAUUGGAUAAUACCUCUUUGUGCCUUUCUAUACAUUGGAGACUGUCAUGUAGCAAUCAGACAACGAGAUUUCCUAACUCACAGUGACGAUCUGGAAGUCGAUCAACAUGGAGCGUUUGUACCUCAAAAAGAUGAAAUUGAUGAUGAUGUUUUAGUGAGCCACCACCAUCAUCACAAGUAUGAAACGAAAGCCAAUUGUACGCCUUUGGUUAGCUGUCCGGCUCACGUACGCAUGGAAAAACCCAAAUUUUGCAAAACUAAAACGAAUAAAAAGGGCGUUUUGUGUACUACUGGCCAUAAUCAUAC